GGCAGCAACAUGCAACGAGGAACAGGAGAGAUCCGGACCCUGCGCGAGGGAGAUGUGCCUGCAGCCUGGUCUCUGGAGACAGCUGGGUACCCCCCGGAGGAAGCAGCCAGCCUGGGAAAGCUGCAGGGUAGGCAGAGGGAAGCUGGCGAGCUGUUCCUGGGGUAUUUCAUCAAUGACAAGCUGAUAGGAUUUGUUUGUGGGUCCCGCUCACUUGCUGACCAUCUUACGGAGAGGUCCAUGGAAGUCCAUGAAUCCGCAGGAACGACCAUCUGUGUUCACUCUGUUUGCGUGGAUGGGGCUUGGCGACGCCAAGGGAUCGCCCUGGGCCUGCUGCGGCACUACGUGGCAUCUGUGGUGUGGACCCGUCCCGCUCCAAGGAGGAUCUGCCUCAUCAGCCACCGGCACCUCUUGCCCCUGUACACCAAGGCUGGUUUCACGGUGAUUGGUCCCUCCUCUGUGAGCCAUGGGCUCGAGGCCUGGUAUGAGUGCGCCAUCGACCUUAGCACAUGACGUCAUCUGUGACCGAGGAACCCCAGAAUAAUGUCGGACUAGUGAUUGAGAGCUGCCAAUCACCCUGAGUCCCAAGCAAGAUCACAACAUGGUAGCUACUCUCAUUUUAAACUUUCCAAAGAAUUGGUUUACUUAUUCCUUCACCAACCUGCUGCAAUCUAUAUCAUUGCAGGUUCCCCUCCAAGCCACUCACCAUUCUGACUUGGAAAUAUAUCGCUGUUCCUUC